CGCCCAAUUGUGAGAAAGGAAAGGUAUCAUCCUGGUACACCUGCAUGGAUAUGGAUGUUACAAUAUAGGUAACAAAACAAUUAUCUGCAUUUAGCUGAAGACUGUUUUGUGAAACUGGCGCAAGAAACCCGAUACCAAUGUGAAUACGUCGCUGGACAAACCAGGCUCAGCAGCCGCUCAUUCAGCCUCAUUAUUUGCACAUGAAUGGGGCUUCAUAGAGGUUAAAUGCUUUGUUAGCGCGUGUUUACGGGAGCGUUUGAAGAGGUGAAACGUUUCUGAUGAAGGCCUACAUGGCGCCUGGUGGCUGCGCCGUUUCGAAAAGCCUGUUGCGUUGGGUAACUGGGUUUAUCACAGGCUGAUAAUGAUUGGCAAAUGACCUGAGAAGACGGAGGAGUUGAUCAGGUGAUGGGAAGCCGACUGAUCUGCCAAAUUAAAGAGGUGGAAGGGCGAGAUGGACAGGUCGGUUCAUUCCAGCUGUGCCGUGGCUGAGGGCAUGGACAUCUGCAUGGGCAUAAAAGACGAAGAGGAGCUAGAUAAAUUCCUGGAUCUGGAGUUUAUUCUCUCUAACUCCACUGGCACAGACAGCAACACUCCAUCCUCCGGGACAGAGGGAGAGUACAGGCUAGCAGAGCAGAACAACAUGUAUCACUCCGUGAUGCAGUCUACCUACACGGUGCCCGAGAUAAACAUUCCACCUCCGCCGUACAACAGCCUGAUGGCUGAGCUCCUGCGCAAUGAGCUUGACAGCAGCUUCUGCCACCAACCCUCUGGCAACAGCGUCCAUGGGAGAUUUCUAGUCAGUUCGUCUGCUUUCCCAAAUCAGGACUUUCCAGACAACAUUAAGGUCGAGCAAUCCAUGGACAGUUACCGACCAGUUAUGGAAAUGGUACCUCAGAGCUGCCCAAAAAUCAAACAGGAGGGGAACGUUUCGUGCAUGAUGUCCUUCGAGCAUCCGAGACUAGCCAACUCUCCGCAAUCUGCGGGGAACAUGACACCACCUCUCAGCCCAAACGACCUGAUGAGCUCCGAGUGUCAGACCCAGAUGUGCCACUCCCUGACUUUCCCGCAGAGCUACCGCUCCGCAGCGUGCUACCCUCACUCUCACCCGCCCCCACAGAUGCAGCUCUCGUACCAGAGCGCACACCAGUUCGGGAUGUACGAAGACGGAAUGGGUAUACAGCACACCAAUCAGAGAGCGCUGCUCACUCCACCGUCCUCUCCAUUGGAGAUGAUGGACUCAAAGCCAAAAAGGGGGCGGCGUUCCUGGCCAAGGAAGCGCACAGCGAGUCACACCUGCACUUUCGCUGGAUGCGCGAAAACCUACACCAAGAGCUCGCACUUGAAAGCGCACCACAGAACGCACACAGGAGAGAAACCAUACCAUUGCAGUUGGGAGGGUUGUGGCUGGAAGUUCGCCCGCUCUGACGAGCUGACGCGCCAUUUCCGUAAGCAUACUGGACACAGGCCGUUCCAGUGCCACCUGUGCGAGCGCGCCUUCUCCAGGUCCGACCACCUCGCGCUGCACAUGAAGCGACACAUGUGAGAAAUCACAUACGAUUGAGAACUUUGCCAAAUGAACCAAGAACGACAUCAAGAAAGAUAUCUCCAACAAUAUGUAUUUUGUAUUUUUGUUUGUUUAUUUAACGUUUUUUGAUGAAUAGGAAAACAUCAUAUGAAAAUAAAACAUCGUCAUAGGAAUUCUAUAUACAAAUACUAUUUUAAAAAUAUGUAGCUGGUACUACUUUGUUAUUUUUUAUGGAAUCAUAUUUUGUAAAAGGCUUUAAAAAGUGCAUUACACACAGAGUUGGCAUUUGUGAAUUCAAGUCAACAUAUCAGGUUGGCUCUAAGUACACCCUGACACAACUGGAAUCUUACAAUAACAUUGUUUAAUAUGAUGUGUUUUGAUAUUCAAGAUAGUGCCUUCUAUUAUAUGCAUCCUACGAGUGCCAUAUUUUUUACUGGCAAAAAAUCAACGUUUAUCUAUGUGUUAUAACUGUAAACAGCACAUGAAAUAAGCUUUAAGACAAUGUUUUGAUCUAAAACUGCCUUUCAGUCUUCAGAGGCUUGAAUUGAAUGUUCUGUGUGCAUUUACCAGUUGAAUAACAUUUAAUGUCAGGGUCUUUAAAAGUAUGGAAAUAAGAGUAACCAACUCAACAUGACAAAGGGCUAAAAGUUUUGUGACUUAAUGUUCUUUUUGGUUUUCUGAGUAAAUGUAUUAUUGCCAUGUAAAUAUAUUUUAUAUAAUGUAAAUAGUUUAUUUUAAUGUACAUAUUAAACCAAUUGAACAACAUAA